AGAGUGGAUUCAGACCAGCCAGAGAGCCUAUAUACCUUAUUAAACAGGUUCUUCUCCUAGCCUCUCUUUGAUCAUCUAUUACAAGCCUAACAUUUCUAGAGCGAAUAGGAGAAAGAGAUUAUUUUGAUAUUCGAGUGGAUAUUAAAUUACAUUUGUAUUCACUCUCCUCUUUCUGUUUUAAAGAAGAAAAAGGCUCACCAUGCUCUCUGCAUGUCUGGAGUUCCUUGGGAUGGGGUUGUGCCUACUGGGCUCGCUCCUGGUCAUGGUCGCGUGCGGGCUGCCCAUGUGGAAGGUGACGGCGUUCAUCGAUAUGAAUAUCGUGGUAGCGCAGACCAUCUGGGACGGGCUCUGGAUGUCGUGCGUGGUGCAGAGCACGGGCCAUCUACAUUGGCUGGGCGGCCACAGCCAAGGGGGCCUACCCCAACAAAUAUGCCCCCACCAAGACCAUCUCGGCCAAUGGAGACUUCGACAAGAAACAUUAUGUGUAGGUGAGGAGAGGAGAGAUUUACGCACAUGAAAACUUGGCACGGGAGCUGGACGGACAAGUUGUCUACUUAGCCUACUGUUUGAUGCCCAUUGCGUAUGUUAUCUUUAUUGUGUUUCCCUAGAACGGAGGCUUCGAUGAGGGACAUUAUGUGUAGGCGAGAUGAUGUCAGGAUACGUUUUUUUUCCUUUGCUUUGAUUGUCAUGGCGACUUCACCAAAAUGUCCAACUUUUUUUCUGUGUUGUAGGCUACAACUUUGUUUAGGGGUCUGGCCAUGGGUUCAUUGGUCUGAUGAUCAGAAAAGGAAAAAUUCAAUUUUUUGCCAAAGGAAUGGAACCCUAUGCGCGCCGAGAUUGUAGCUCAAGACUGACCAAGAAAUUGAAACAGUUGUUGUGUAGUCUAUCUAUUGUGUACCAUUUUUUUAAGACUUAAAUCUUGUAUUUGCACAUGAUUAUUUUAAAAUGUUAAUGUUCAUGUGGUUAUCGUUUGACACUAGUCUAUUGUCUCGCCAGAGUUGGCUGUCACGGUCUGUGUGCUCUGUGAAUAAAGCCCAUUGUUCUCCACUGGCUUUACUGUGUCUGCUUGGAAGUUUUAAAUAACCACAUAAUGUACAUGUUUGCAGAGACCGGUAAUCGUUAACAUGUUUAGAUUCCCACACUGGACUCCUCCUUUGUAACACAGUGAAUGCUACUCAGACAAAUGUUCACUCAUAUGAUGAUCAAAGGAGCUUAUUUGCAUUUGAAUGCUGUUGUAUUUUAUUGCAUGGCUGAGUGUGUAUCUAUCUUUUGUCCUAGCCCUCCUUAUAGUACUGGGCAAUUGUUGUUUUAUAAUAAAAAAGAAAGUCCCAAUUCACAAUC